AGAAGAAGGACGUUAACGAUAGAAGUGAUAUUAUUGUCAGCACUAUUGAUGGAUGGUAUUCGCUGAGAUAUAAUAUAUUUCAGUCAACAAUGUCUUCAGUUGAGUAUUUGAGAGAGUUUGUGAACGAGCGACUCUCUGCUGCUGCAGAAGAAAUAUUCGGAGUCUUAAAAGAAGCGAUUGAUGAAUACGAGGAAGAGAUCGACCGACAGCGCAGACUGCUGGAUAUCGUUUGGAAACCUGCAAUAAAGCUACACAGGAUAGAGCUCCCAAAGCAACAUGUCUGUGAGGAGGAGGAGGUUCUCUCUGACCAGCAGCUCUGUGUUCAGGAGAGGAACUCCAGUCUGGACCAAGAGGACCCAGAGCCUCCACAGGUUAAAGAGGAACAGGAGGAACCCUGCACCAGUCAGGAGGGAGAGCAGCUUGAACUGAAGCAGGAGACUGAGACCUUUGUGUUGACUCCUAGUGAUGAGGAAAGUGACCACAGUGAGGAUCAGACUCUGAACUGCAACCCCGAUGACACAUUCAAUUUACCAGUUGUAAGGUCUGUGGUAUCCGUACCAAAAAGUGAUCUCCAUCACCUCGCUAACAUUUCUCAUAAAACUGAGAGCCAAGAUCACAAACAAGGCAAGACUGGAGUCUUGAGAUCAACUAAAAAUGCAAAGCCAAAAGUAAAGAAAAUAAUCUACAAAAGAAACAGUCAUACUAAGAGUCAAUCUAACCCCAGUAUGUCAAAGAUUCACAGUAACACUCACACGGAUAACACGUUUUUACAAUGUGACAUGUGUGAGAAAGCUUUUCAGUAUAAGUCACAUUUGCAAAGACACCUGAUCAUCCACACAGGUGAAAAACCCUUUACAUGCGACAUCUGUGGGAAAAUAUUCAGCCUAAAAUCAUCAUUAAACGUUCACUUAGGCAUCCACACAGGUGAGAAGCCGUAUUCUUGCAAAAUAUGUGGGAGAGAUUUCAGAUUUGGUUAUGCCAUGAGAGUCCACAUGAGAACCCAUACAGGUGAAAGGCCGCAUUCUUGCAAAACAUGUGGGAAAAGCUUCAUUCGGACUUCGCAGUUGAAGGCCCAUAUGAGAACUCAUACGGGUGAGAAGCCAUAUUCUUGCAAAAUAUGUGGAAAAGAUUUCAGAUAUGAUAGUGGCUUGGUGGUCCACAGGAGAAGAGCCCACAAUGGUCAGAAGUCUUAAUAAAAACACCUUUGGGAAAAGAUUCAGCAGCAUGUUUUAAUUGGAAAGGUAUGAAAGACUGCAAAGAGACAUAGUUUACUUUUUUAACCCCCACGCAAGUGAGGAGCCACA